AUGGAAAUUAUCGUUGAAAACAUCCGCGCUAAUUCUGAUGAUGUGAUGUUUUACGAGCCAUUUGAUGAAUCUUUUGAAGGACGGUGGAUUGUUUCUGAGAAAGACGACUAUCAAGGUAUCUGGAAGCUCUCGAAAAGUGAGGGACACGAUGAUCAUGGACUUCUUGUCAGUGAGAAGGCCAAAAAGUAUGCCAUUGUGAAAGAGCUCGACAAUGUAGUGAGUCUCAAGGGUGGAACAGUUGUCCUACAGUUUGAGGUUCGGCUCCAAAAUGGACUUGAGUGUGGUGGUGCCUACUUGAAAUACCUCCGUCCCCAGGAGGUUGGAUGGAAACCCAAGGAAUUUGACAAUGAGUCUCCUUACUCCAUAAUGUUUGGACCUGACAAGUGUGGCUCCACCAACAAGCGGGGAGUAUGUAGAGCACCAUCUCAAGUACCCCCUUCAGUGCCAUCUGACAAACUAUCUCAUCUCUAUACUGCAAUAUUGAAACCGGAUAAUGAAUUGGAGAUUCUAAUAGAUGGGGAGGAGAAGAAGAAGGUAAAUUUCCUAUCUUCUGAAGAUUUUGAGCCGACUCUUAUUCCACCCAAGACAAUUCCUGACCCGGAUGAUAAGAAACCAGAGGACUGGGAUGAGCAGGCAAAGAUUCCAGAUCCAGAAGCAGUGAAGCCAGAUGAUUGGGAUGAGAAUGCACCCAUGGAAAUUGAAGAUGAGGAUGCUGUGAAACCAGAAGGGUGGUUAGAUGACGAGCCUGAGGAAAUUGAUGAUCCUGAUGCUUCAAAGCCUGAAGACUGGGAUGAUGAGUAG